CAAGGGAACUGCGGCGACACGAACAAAGCGAUGGACCACAUCGUGAACAACUGCAUCAUUCUGCACCCGCUGCCCGGCGGACUGGGCAUUGUUUGUUGUCUCUUGUGAGCCGUCAUGGCUACGUGGCUCACAAACUCCAAACGCGGGCGCGCAAAUUUUACGCGAGCUUCAACGCGCGCCAAGAACGACGUCGCCACCACGGGGUCGCAUCGAUCCGAUCCGCGUGGAUCGCGAAUCGCGAAAUCGCGUGGCUCGGAUCGUCAUGGCCGGGACGUCUGCUGGGCACACUCCCUCUCGUCGUCUGUGAAGGAGCUGCACACCUUGCAGACGAUGGAGGACAUCACGGACCUGGAGCAACACCUGCCCAGACAUGUCGAGGAUUACCUGCGUGCAGACUACCUGCACCCAGAGGCUGUGCAGGCACAGGGCGCCGAUGUUGCCGAGCGGCGUUUCCGCGCCGUGCUGAGGCGCCUACAGCUGCCUCCGUCGUUCACGUGCGUGCGCUACAACUCGCUCCACGUGUCGCCGGCAGAGGCAGCCUCGCUCCUCGGCAGCCACGUCCAGCAGCAUGGACAGGUAUGUGGAGGUGAAAUCCCAGUGCUGCAUCAUCCACAAGUGCCAGACAUUCUGCUUGUGCCUGUCUUAGAAACAAGAGUGCAGCAAGAGCAUGGACUGCCUCAGGUGGUGGUUGCGGUGGAGUGUGGGAACGCGGUGCUGCGAGGGGCCCAUGUCUAUGUCCCUGGAAUUUUGGCAGCUCCCAAAACCAUGCGAGCAGGUGACCGCGUCGCCGUGUUCGUUGACAUCGGUGGACAGUGCCGACGUGGAACCGUGAAGCCGUUGUGCGGACCCGUGCUGUUCGUGGGGAAUGGCGUAGCCCGGUUAAGCCGGGCUCAGAUAUUCCUCAAAGAUGGAGUCACCAGUGGGAUCGGGGUGAGCAUGACGGAGCCGCUGUACUUUAGCCCAUCCUUCGAAAACCUCCCACCCAGCAUCUUCUUCCCACAGAACCUGCCGUGCGUGCUGGCUGGUCACGUGUUGGACGUUCGCCCUGGGCUCAGGGUUCUAGACAUGUGUGCCGCACCAGGAGGGAAAACCACGCAUAUCGCCACACUCAUGGGAGACACGGGAGAGAUAAUUGCAUUGGACAAGACAGCUGCCAAAGUACAGAAAAUUCAGAACAAUGCAUCGCGGCUGAAUCUUAAAUCUAUCCAGACAUUUUGUUGUGAUAGCACACAGGCCAUCGCCUCUGGACCACACACCGGCAAAGGUCACCCACCGUUCCCCGAGGAGUAUUUUGACAGGGUGCUGCUGGAUGCUCCAUGCAGUGCGCUGGGGAAGCGGCCCUGCCUAGGCUUCCCUGCCUCCCUGCGUCAGCUGCAGUCGUAUGCUCCCCUCCAGCGCAAACUUCUGGCCGCGGCAGUGGCGUUAUUGCGGCCAGGAGGGGUCCUUCUCUACACCACAUGCUCCGUGGCAUCUGCUGAAAAUGAACGUCAGGUUGCCUGGGCAUUGAGGACCUUUCCUCAGCUGCACCUCGUCGCUCAGGAGCCUCACCUGGGUGGUCAGGGUCUGCCAGGAGCUGGUCUGGACCCUCAGCAUCUGCGUCUGCUGCAACGUUUUGACCCUGGCAGUGAAACAGAGGAUGGAGUCUGUGGGGUCUCAACCACUCCCCGGGCCCCCCAUAAUCUUGACCGUGCCAUCACCGACACAAUUGGCUUCUUCAUGGCAAAGUUUACCAAACUGCCCAUUUCCCCACAGUCGUUAAUAUAACUUAGGAGGCUUUUUUAGUCUUCUUCCCUGACAUUCACAAAAAUAUGUAACUGUUAUUUUGCCAAACGCAGGAUACUGGACUGACCCGGUAAAUCAGCAGUAUAUAGCGGGUGGCUCGCAAUCAGAACGUUGCGAAUUCAAUUUCUGGUUGGGGGUUGAUUCAGCCCAUCAUCCAACUGAGGUCGGUAAAAUAGUUACCAUUUUGUAGGGAAGUCAACAGUGGCAAUCCUAUUGAUAGACUCACCCUUGCUUUAGGAAUGUAUAAUUCCCACCACUGGCUCAGGGCUGUAAACAGGAGAUCAGAACUGUCGCUUUGAAUGAAAAAUCACUUUGACUUUUUAACUUGCAGAAACACUGGUCUGUACAUUUUUUUUUUCAAUAAAGAACAUUUAAAUGCAA